AAUUGAUUCCUGUAGUAGCUCAGAAUAAUAAUAAUAAUCAAGUCAUCAAAGAGUUGUAUAUUACAAUGGCUGUUGGCAGGAAGGAUCUCCAGUAGCGGUCAGUGUUGCAGCCAAACUGAAGAAGCCUCUGACUGAAGACACUCUUCCGUUGUCGGACAGUCUUGUGAAGAGAAUGCUCAGGGUUGUCCAUCAUGUUCUUGAUUCUCUGGAGAAUCCUUCUUUGCAUUAUCUCCUCCAGCGGUUCCACAGUCGUCCCCAGAACAGAACCAGCCUUUUUUAUUAGGCUGUUGAGCCUUUUCAGGUCCCUGCUUCUGAUGUUGACCAGCACCUGAUUUAUCAUUGCCCAUUAUGAUCGAUGGAAGAGAUGGUUUGAAUUUCCGUUUUCUCUGUCUCUGUUUUGCUCCUGCUCUGCACCCACGCUUCUUGCGUUUUAGCGCUGCUCCCGAUUGUAAACCAGUUUGUUACCAUGGUUACGCAUUAUAACAAAUGCUCAAAAAGUGGAAAAAAAGAGAAUAAAUUGUAGUAAAAAUCCUCUUAAGCUUCACAGCACCAGAAACAGAAAAGUAAAAUGUCAAAAAGAUACAGUUUCUUUGAGAAACUAGAGGAAAAAAUGUCCAAAAAAGGCAAAACUUACAUAUAGUCAACAGAGCUACUCCAACAUGCAGCCACCCAGAGCAGCGCAGUUCCGGAAAAUGCACUAAAGUGCAAAACUAUUGACUACACGUGUCUGCAGCACGAUUAGACACGCAUUUAUAUAGUUUAUCAGAAAAAAAACCGGUUGAUUUGAGGAUGAUUUGCUCUUUAAGGGAUGUCAAUCUAGUGCAUUUAGUUCUGGUGUUUAUUGAACAUCCUCUUCGCUGUGGCUUUGUUUUUAUGUUUGUUCUGACUAAUUUAAAUGUUUAGAAUGUGUAAAAUUGUGGAUUUAAAAAAACCUAAAGGACUUUACCUUUCAAAAGAAAUGAAGAAAUAAACAGCAACAGCAGUUACAUAACCUGUGCAAGUUAAAAUCAAACCAUGACACUGUUUUGAUCACGUGGUUGGUUUGUUAACCAGCUCGCAUUAAUAAAGCUCAAGUUCAAAGUUCAGUCGACUUUUCCUGAACCCAGAAAUAAUAGAAUCUGGAGGUAAAUCUGGAGAUUAUAAUCGCGCUAAUUCUGGUUUUAAAACUCUUCUACGGACUUCAUCUCUGCGUUCCCUCCUAUGGCGUCCAGGCGGCGCUGUUUCCUCCGACAUUUUCUUUGUUUUUUUUCCAUCUCGCCCGCUGUCCGAGCCCUCCCAAACGGCGGCUCGCUGUUUUAAAACAUUUUUUCCCAUGGCGGAGGACAGUGAAUCCGCGGCCAGUCAGCAGAGCCUGGAGCUGGACGACCAGGACACAUGCGGGAUAGACGGGGACAACGAGGAGGAGAACGAGCUAAUGCAGGGCAGUCCGGGGGUAGACCUGGGGGCCAAGAGGAAGAAGAAGAAACAGAAGAGGAAAAAAGAGAAGCCCAGCUCGGGGGGAGCCAAAUCUGACUCUGCGUCCGAUUCUCAGGAGAUAAAGAACCCUGGCUUGCCCAUUCAUAACAUGCAGUACUUCCAAAGAGCCAUGGAGUUGCUGUCCUGCCAGGGUCCAGCAAGGAGCGUCGAUGAGGCAGCCAAGCACAAGUACCAGUUCUGGGACACCCAGCCCGUCCCAAAGUUAAAUGAAGUUGUGACGACUCACGGGCCGAUUGAAGCUGACAAAGAAAACAUCAGACAGGAGCCAUAUUCUUUACCUCAAGGCUUUAUGUGGGACACGCUGGACCUCGGUAAUGCAGAUGUACUGAAGGAGUUGUAUACGUUGUUAAAUGAAAACUACGUAGAGGACGAUUAUAACAUGUUCAGAUUUGAUUAUUCACCAGGCUUCCUCAGAUGGGCUCUGCGUCCACCCGGCUGGUUACCGCAGUGGCACUGUGGAGUCAGGGUGUCCUCCAACAGGAAGCUGGUUGGCUUCAUCAGCGCCGUCCCUGCAGACAUACGCAUCUGUGACACGAUAAAGAAGAUGGUGGAAAUCAACUUCCUGUGCGUUCACAUGAAGCUGCGCUCGAAGCGCGUUGCUCCCGUGCUCAUCAGAGAGAUAACGCGGAGGGUGAACCUGGAGGGAGUUUUCCAGGCGGUUUACACGGCUGGAGUCGUGCUGCCCAAACCCGUGUCCACGUGCAGGUACUGGCAUCGCUCGUUGAACCCCAGAAAACUGGUGGAAGUGAAAUUCUCCCAUCUGAGCAGAAACAUGACCCUGCAAAGAACCAUGAAAUUCUACAGAUUACCUGAUAGCAUCAGAACCGCAGGUCUGCGUCCGAUGGAGAGGCGUGACGUCCCCCAGGUCACUGAGCUGCUGCAAAAGUACCUGAGAGGCUUCCAGCUCGCACCUUCGAUGGGAGAAGAGGAGGUUGCUCACUGGUUUCUCCCACAGGAGAACAUAAUAGACACAUAUGUAGUAGAGGGCGCUGGCGGCGUGCUGACAGAUUUUACUAGUUUCUACACGUUACCCUCCACCGUGAUGGACCAUCCUCUCCACAGGAGCUUGAAGGCAGCUUACUCUUUCUACAACGUUCACACGAAAACACCGCUACCGGACUUAAUGAGCGAUGCGCUGAUCCUGGCCAAAGUGAAAGGGUUUGAUGUUUUCAACGCCUUGGAUCUGAUGGAGAAUAAGGUGUUUCUGGAGAAGCUGAAGUUUGGCAUAGGAGACGGAAAUAUGCAGUAUUACCUCUACAACUGGAAAUGUCCCCCUAUGGACCCUGAGAAGGUGGGCCUUGUCCUUCAGUAGCAGCUCUCUCCACAGCUGCAGCUCAGCCUCACACGGUUGUUCUGAACCUCCUGAUGUUCCCUGACUGGACCUGCAGGUCAUCGAGGACGGUAAAAAUCCAACCUGGCGACCGAGUGGUGAUUCUCCAGCGCUUGUGUCACCAAGAACAUUCUCAGCUCACCUGGUGGUGAAAACUGAAACCAUCACCCUGAAUGUGAAAGUCAUGCUAUGCCUGAGAUAUCCUUCAACGCUGCUGACACGCUUUACCGCACCUGAAACAAACAAAAACGGUUCAGCAGGAUGCCUUGGCAUUGUGAGUUUUGUUUAUAGUUCUUCAUCCUCAGCAAGCAUCUCCACGGGGGGGCUGGUGCCCCCCUUAGAUUCCACGUAAACCAGAAAACACGAGUUGUUGACGAUCUCGCCACCCUUCUCCUAGCCGUUAGCGUGCUGCAGCUCCGUGUCUAAUCCCUUUUCCAAGUCCGUGUCGGCGGUCGGCUGACUGGACCACCUGCAGGCCUGAAACCUCUCAAAGGAAGUUCCUGAGGCAAAAAGAAACACUUCCUCCUGCAUCCCAGGUACAAAUAUCUAGACCAGUGACGUCAUCGAAGAAGCUAAUGAUGCACACGUUUGUUGAAACAACAUUGUUUACAUUCAGAGUAAAGUCUGGUAGGACUGAUCCGUUCAAAGCAUUUUCACGUGUUACGUCUGUUUAUUUUGUGUUUUUUUAUAAAGAAUGUAUUGCAUCGACAAGCACAAUUUACCGAGUUACAGAAGGGUCCGCGUUGUGUGACACGCUCUGGUUUUUACAGCCGACCUGAGCUGUUUUUGUUGUGAGGUGGAAACGCCACGUUUACGCAUUCAGGUUUGUUUAGAAAAGGCUGCUAGAAGAAGGCGGCGCCGACAGGCCGUGAGGAAAUCAGCAGCUGACGCAGAAACACGAGGAAAACCCGGACGGUUUAUUUAGUAGGUAGCAGGAGCGCCAUCAGUCCAGACUCCUGUUAUCAGUGCUGUCGCCGCUACUCGGAUCGUCUGUGAAAAAAAGCGGCAGAAGUCUGAUAUCAGAUGGUAAACGGGCCCUUAGUUAAAUCUGGAGACAUCAGCCAUGUUUGUAGUUUUAUAUUUUCUGAAUUUCUUGUAUUUUUUUGAUAGAAAACAUCCACGGAUCACUUUGAGUUUGUCUGUUAUGCAACUAAAUGUUUUCUCUGUAAAUGUACCUUUUAAAGUGUCCCGCCACACCAGCCAGCCUAAAAAACAUCCCCGCACAAAACUGGUGACUUGAGUUUGUUAAAGGUUAUCAGAACCCAGUUUUAGGGUAAGCUGCUGACCUGUUAACAAGUCUACAUUUAGAAUAUCGGUCUGACUUUACUUCCUGCUCAGUUUUUCUUGCAUCCCUUUAUGAAUCAGCCACAAAAGGACAGAGUGGUCAGUAGAUGCUUCAGUGUUUGUUCCCAUAGCUGCUGUUUGUUUUCGUUUAGCUCUGAAAACCGAGUCAGCCGCGUGCCUCCUGGAUGCUCCGGUUGCAGAUGAGUGUGAACGACCUUCCAGCAGGUCAGUGCAGCUGCCACGUUUCACCCAAGCAUCACAUUUUGGUGGAAACGCGUGAAAUCUGCCUUUAUUGAUGAUUCAGACGUUAGACAAGAAACACAGAUUCACUUGGGAACCAUAUUUUUAUUCAGUACUAUUGUAAACUGUGAAAAAGCUGAAGGACUUGUACCAGCAUCAUUUAAACACAACCCCUGUGCAAAUAAUCUGUUUCACCACAUCAGCUAUACCAGCAUGGAUAUUUGACUGAAUAAACUUACUUUAAACGGA